UGAAUUUGCGCAUGCGCACAAACUCCAGGCUUUGUUGUUGCAUUUCGCCAUGGCGCUUAGCAAGACCUUUGGACAGAAACCUGUCAAAUUUCAGCUCGAGGAUGAUGGAGAUUUCUAUAUGAUCGGGUCAGAGGUGGGGAACUACCUCCGCAUGUUCCGGGGUUCCCUCUACAAGAGGUACCCAUCCUUAUGGAGGAAACUAGCAUCGGUUGAGGAACGGAAGAAGAUAGUUGAAUCAUCACAUGAUCACGGCUACACGUCAUUGGCCACCAGCGUCACUCUGUUGAAGGCGUCUGAAGUAGAAGAGAUCUUUGAAGGAAACGACGAGAAGUACAAAGCUAUAUCUAUCAGCACAGAACCUCCAGCAUACCUUAGGGAGCAGAAGGGCAAGAGGAACAGCCAGUGGGUCCCCACCCUCCCCAACAGCUCCCACCAUCUGGACGCCGUCCCCUGUUCCACCACCAUCAACCGCAGCCGGCUGGGCCGUGACAAGAAGAGGACCUUCCCCCUCUGCUUCGACGACCACGACCCCGCUGUGAUCCAUGAGAAUGCCACCCAGGCCGAGGUCCUGGUUCCCAUCCGUCUCGACAUGGAGAUCGAGGGCCAGAAACUCAGAGACGCCUUCACCUGGAACAUGAACGAGAAGCUGAUGACUCCGGAGAUGUUUGCGGAGAUCCUGUGUGACGACCUGGACCUCAACCCCCUGGCCUUCGUGCCGGCCAUUGCCUCAGCCAUCCGCCAGCAGAUGGAGUCCUACCCCACGGACAGCCUGCUGGAGGAGCAGAGCGACCAGAGGGUCAUCAUCAAGCUCAACAUCCACGUGGGGAACAUUUCUCUGGUGGAUCAGUUUGAGUGGGACAUGUCUGAGAGGGACAAUUCCCCGGAGAAGUUUGCCCUGAAGCUGUGCUCGGAGCUGGGCCUUGGGGGGGAGUUUGUCACCACCAUCGCCUACAGCAUCAGGGGACAGCUCAGCUGGCACCAGAGGACCUACGCCUUCAGUGAGAACCCGCUGCCCACGGUGGAGAUCGCCAUCAGGAACACAGGGGAGGCUGACCAGUGGUGCCCCCUGCUGGAGACCCUGACCGACGCCGAGAUGGAGAAGAAGAUCAGAGACCAGGACAGGAACACCAGGCGAAUGAGACGGCUGGCCAACACCGCCCCUGCCUGGUAGCCCCUCCUCCCCCAAAAGCCAGUGCUGGCUAGCUCGCAGCUAGCUGACGGUACGAGGCCUCAAAUGUUGGCGGCAAUCGAGACAUUCCUUCUGCUCGCUGGCCCAAAUCAGGUUGUCAUGUUGAUCUGCGUGUUUUAUUUAAUUUUCAAAUUCCCUGCUAGUUGACAGCACCAUCCCUCCCUGCCCCUCAGCCAAUGACUGUUGUCUCCGCACCGCCCAAUCACAGAUAAUAUAUGCUGUUGUUUUAGUUGUCUUUUUGUACAAUUUAAUAAUUCUUACAAAAUAAAAGUAAACAAUCUCAGUUUGUCUGUUUAUAUCUAUACAUCCUAUAUCAUAUGUAUACAUGAUUCAUCUUGUAUCUCGUCAAAUACCAAAGAAUCCAGCCCAGGUUUGUUGUUUGAAAUAUGGUUCUUUAAUCUUACAGUAGUCACUUCAGAAAACUGACAAAUGUCACGGUUCAUGCAAUAUCUGGUGCAUGAAUGUGUUGAUUGAAUGAUAAUGAUUGUGAUGGUCUUUGAGUCCACGGUCAGAUGGUUUGCAGCCAUGAGGUCGCAGGUGGGUUAUCUCUCUCAGCACUUUCUAUUCUGUGAUCUCCACAAAGGCAACAGGGAAAGUGCAGACCUGGCACAGAUUCCAGCGCUAGGCUGAAACCUUUCAGACCUCGUCCUUUAAAACAUUUAGUCAUGGUCCUAGUUGGCCACUGAUGACUGUUAAAUGUAUAAUGCUUUAUUUCUGCUAUAAAGAUAUAUAAUGUUUUACAAUGGUUUAAAAGGUUUUUAGAUAUUAAAUGUCACUUGCAGAGGUUUCACCUUCAUGCUUCACCGUUUUUGCAUAUUUGAGACAUAAAUAAAUAUGGAUAAUAUUCAUAUCAUCCUAAGCUAUUUGGUGGACGCUCUCCUCCAAUGCUUCUUGGAGUACUUCCAUAAGAUACCAGUUAUUUGGCCGGUCUAUUUCCGUCCCAUCGGAGCACAAGGAAGCUUGAUUCAGUAAGGCUAUUCUGUUAAUGUGUGGGACUGAAGGAAAGAGGCUGGUCGGACUUGAGGGUGGAC